CCACGAGCUCCGACAGGGUCCCUCCCGAGCUCGAGGUUUUAGGUCUUCGCGGCGUUCUCUGUAGAACCGGUCUGACCGGUCGCCAUAACCGGUCUGACCGGUCUGUGCGCAGGGAGCCCGUUGGUGAAGAUCGUGUCGAUGAUCAACGCGCGUUCUAGCGUAUUCGAGUGUGUUGGCGCAAAUUAGUGUUAACAAAAACCAUUGACAAGGAUCAACUUGACUCGACCGUUGAACAAUGGCAUGGAGAAACUCUUCGUGAAAGCAUCAAGAGAUUUGAGCAUUUUAUUGCCCUUCAAUUGGGGCUCAAGAAGGGGAUGAAGGUCCUGGAUGUUGGAUGUGGAAUUGGGGGACCCUUAAGAGAAAUUGCCAGAUUCAGCUCAACAGAGAUAACUGGGUUGAACAACAAUGCUGACCAGAUAUCAAGGGGCAAGGAGCUCAUUUCUUUGGCAGGUUUGAGUGAACAGUGUAACUUUAUAGAGGGAGACUUCAUGAACAUGCCAUUCCCUGAUAACACCUUUGAUGCAGCCUAUGCAAUUGAGGACACAAUUCAUGCACCUGAUGUGCUAGGCGCCUACAGGGAGAUAUACAGAGUGCAGAAACCAGGCCAGUAUUUCGCACUAGAUGAACUGUGCUUGACUGAUAAGUUCGAUCCAAACAACACUAAACAUAGGGACAUCAAGGCAGAAAUUGAGCUUGGCUGUGGCCUGCCUGACGUCCGUAGCACUCGCGAGUGCAUCCAAGCGAUAAAAGAUGCAGGAUUCGAGGUUAUCUUCGCGAAGGAUCUUGCUGAGGACUCCGACUGCCCUUGGUACCAUGAAAUAGAUCCUGGCCACUUCUCAUUGAAGAGCAUCAUCAGUACCUCACGUGUCGGACACCUCCUGACUCGUGCAAUUGUUGGCACACUUGAGUUCCUCCGUAUUGCCCCCAAAGGCUGCAAUAGAUUGUUCAGCAUCCUGCAGACUGCUUCCCACGGCCUGCUGACGGGCAGCCGGGAACAGAUUUUUACGGUGACCUUCUUUGUCCUGGGCCAGAAACCUCACAAGGAGAGUGAAAUUUAAAGCAGCCUACAACAAUAAUGCCGUAUGUAGUAUGGGCUUAUACUCAGGAGUUAUAGGACUAAAGUUGGCUGUGAUCCUUGCACUGUACUAAAGUAUUGCUAAAGUUCUAUAAAAUAAUGUUGUAUGCUGUGUACUGAAUUACUGGGAAAUUAAGAUUACUAUCUGGAAUAAACAUACUUGUAGUAUCCGGAUAUUGAGCGCUCUCUGAAAAGUUAGCAAUAUCUCUGUGCAAACAUAUUGAUCAAUGGCACCAUAUCGCAAGCAA